AUGCAGGGGGAGCUCUGGAGGCAUGGCCUGCUGGGCAGCGCAUGCCUGCGGUCACCCGGGACCAUGGGCAGCAUGAGGACCCCUGCGGAGCGGGCCGUCGGUGGGAUGCAGACCCUCCACCGUCAGCACCGAUGCCGGGGCGGCUAUCAGGUCAAGGCCAGGGCGUCGUACGUGGACGAGACCUUGUUUGGCAGCCCUUCGGGCACCCGGCCCGCACCGCCAGACUUUGACCCACCCUGGGUGGAGAAGGCCGACAGGACCAAAGGAGUGGGCAGAGCGGCUCCACGGGCUUCGGGGGCCAGUGGGAGCUGUGGGACCCCCUCCUCCAGGGGCAGCACCCCGACCCUCACGCCAAGGAAGAAGAACAAAUACAGACUGAUCAGCCACACUCCUUCUUACUGUGAUGAGUCACUAUUUGGCUCCCGACCCGUGGGCGCCUGCUGGGAGGCCCCGUGGAUGGUGAAGGGGGGUGCUUCAAAACUCCACACGCUCUUCUGGACACCCCCAGCCACCCCGAGGGGCCACCCGCCCCACCCCAGGGAGACCCCAGAGCGCACCGUUCACCCGUCCGCUCCCACGAAGAUAGAGCCCAGGGAGGGGUCCGAGGCUGAGAAGGUGUCCACGGGUGGAUUAGACCCUCAACGCUCUCCGAGGCGGGAGCGUGCCCGUUCCCUCACCCACCUGAGUGCCCGCAGCACUGGCCGCCCGCCCACCAGCGGCCCCCACGCGAGUGGGCCUCGGGUUCCCAGGCCUUCGCCCUCGGGGGUGACCUUCCGGAGCCCGCUGGUGACUCCCCGGGCUCGGGCAGUCAGCGCUUCAGUGCCAGCGACGUGCCAGCGAGGGAGUGCAGUCCCGAGACCAAAGCCCCCUUGGAAAUGA